AUGGAUAGGGAGGUCUUAAGACACAGGGUAUUAGUAACCAUUGGCAAAUCAUCACUUUUCAGAUUUAUCGAAAAUGUUUUGGAGGAAGGAAAGAUACCUACCAUGGCAAGCAGUAUCACAGAAUAUUUAUUGAACAACAAAUACAACAAGGAAAAGGCUCUUGACCACAUUUCAAAUUACUUAGAGGAGGAGCUUGAGAAUUCUGGAAUAGAUGUGGAUGAUGGUGCAGAUGGUGUAGCACUUGCAGUUCUAUUUGUAUAUGAAGAGUUUCUCGAGAAUAAAUCGAAGUUCUUUUCAAAGAUUCAAGAAAAGUCUAGUCAGGUAUCUCCACUCUCUGAUUCCGAGGAAUGA